ACCUCCCGUGCCCCUACACUCGCCGAGGCACCACCACUUUGUUCUUUCCUUCUCCUCCGCCUACCCUCCAUUCCUUCCAUCUUUCCAUUCCCCUCCUCCGAUCCAAAUGGUGCCUCCGCAAUCCGCUCCCGGCGGCCUCCUCUAGCCGCGGCCCUCCCCCCUGCAUUGGCUGCGCGGUUUGCUUCAGUUUCAAGGCUCUUCGUGUUCAGUUUAUGUUGACAGUACUUUGGGAGUUGGGAUGCUAUCUGUACAACUAUAGUAGUAGUUUUUUGGUGUUUCAGCACAAUUGUUUACUGUGCUUGUUUUUGGAGUAGAUGUCGUUUCGUAGCAUUGUGCGUGAUGUAAGGGAUGGCUUUGGGAGCUUAUCUCGAAGAGGGUUUGAGGUGAGGUUUCUUGGCCAUCGCAGAGGGAAAUCUCAUAGUGCCGUCCACGAGUUGCAUGAUCCAGCACCUGUGAUCCAGAGCAGUUGCUGGGCUAAUUUGCCUCCAGAAUUGCUUCACGAUGUGAUUGAGAGGCUGGAGGCCAGUGAGGCUACAUGGCCUUCCAGGAAACAUGUAGUCGCUUGUGCGGCUGUCUGUCGAACCUGGAGAGAAAUGUGUCAAGAGAUUGUUAAGAACCCAGAGUUUUGUGGAAAAAUUACUUUCCCUGUCUCCUUGAAGCAGCCUGGGCCCCGUGAUGGAACCAUCCAGUGCUUCAUUAAAAGGGAUAAGUCUACACAAACUUACUACCUGUAUCUGUGUCUUACCUCCGCUGUGGUUGCUGAAAAUGGCAAGUUUCUUCUAUUGGCAAAAAGACACUCCCGUCCAACCUGUACAGAGUAUACAAUAUUUAUGAAUACUGACAAUACUUCUAGGUCAAGCAACAUGUACAUUGGAAAAUUGAGGUCAAAUCUCCUUGGAACAAAGUUUGUAAUAUAUGAUACCCAACAUCCAUGCAACAUACCCAAUGUUUCACAGUCCGGGAAAACAAGCCGUAGGUUCUACUCAAGGAAGGUAUCACCGAAGGCCUCACCCAGUACUUACAGUAUAGCACAGGUUUCGUAUGAGCUGAAUGUCUUGGGGACUCGGGGCCCUAGGCGGAUGAACUGUGUUAUGAACUCCAUACCUGCCUCAUCCCUUGUGGCUGGUGGCACUGUUCUAUGCCAGCCGGACAGUGCCGUUGCUCAUUCCCUUGAUGAGUCAUUUGGCAGCAUCUCCUUCUCGAAGUCAUCCAUUAGGGAUCGCUCCAUCCGAUUCAGCAGCACCCGAUUCUCGGGCAUCUCAAUAGGUGGCUCCAGGAAUGGAGGCCAGGCAUUGGGUGAUAAUGAUGAGUGCAAGGAGUGGCCGCUGACUCUCCGCAACAAGGCACCAAGAUGGCACGACCAGUUGCAAUGCUGGUGCCUCAACUUCAAGGGCAGGGUGACCGUUGCAUCUGUGAAGAACUUCCAACUUGUUGCCGCGACAGAGUCUACUGCUGAAGCACCGACCCCGUCACAGCCUGCCCCGCCACCUCCAUCUGAGCAUGACAAGGUGAUACUGCAAUUUGGUAAGGUUGCCAAGGACAUGUUCACAAUGGACUACCGAUACCCGCUGUCAGCCUUCCAGGCCUUUGCAAUCUGCCUGAGCAGCUUCGACACCAAGCUGGCUUGCGAAUGAAAUCAUCAGCAUGGGCACCGAUUAUGUAAGAGACUGGUGGCCCCCUCAAAUUUAUCUGGGACCGCCACAGUGGUGUCUAUUGUUCAUGGUCUUUUAACUUGUAGUUGUCACUAGAAAACCGUUGAUUAGCCUUUUCCCCCCUGAUUUUAUAGCUGCUGCCCACCGCUGUUUGCUCAGCUGUAUCACCAUUUGUCUUGUUUUUAACAGCUUGCUUUCUAGAGUCUUUGUCUUUCUGUAAUAACUAGCAGACUUAAUUGGGUUGUUGAUACUUUGCUUGUGUUGCCCGAAGAGUUCCACAUAUUCAUCUGUGGUUAAGUUACAAAUUUUC